AUGGCGGAUGUUCUCGAUUUAUCAGGUCUAAAUGUAGACGAUCUGGACUUGAUAUCAGAGGAAAGAGGUUUUCAACCUGACGAAGAUGAGCCACACAAAGACUUUCCUCCAACCGACAUGAUACUGGAGGUAGAGGGUCGGGAUAUUCACGUCAAUAAACAGGUGUUAGCGGACAAUUCACCUGUGUUUAAGGCCAUGUUUGAGUUGGAAUUCACUGAAAAACACAAAGAAAGGAUAUCAUUGACAGGGAAGAUGUAUGACGAUUUUGUGAAUUUCUUAUACACAUUUUAUUACCCGGGACGUGAAGAUUCUAUAACAGAAAAUACAGUACUAAAGAUUAUUCCAUUAGCAGAGGAAUAUCAGAUUCCAGCCGUCAAAGUCAAAUGCGAAAUAUUUCUCACAGAAGUUUGUGAAAAUUCCGCUAAAAAUGAAGAAAAACACAUCAAAACAUCUACUCUAUUAAAUUAUACUUCUUUUGCUGAACAAUAUAACAUGGACUCCGUUCUUCCAUUUGCCAUACCAUUGUGUGCAAAAUGCCCUGCAGAGUCCUUAAAGGUAGCAGAAAUUGAUACUAAAUUAACUGCUGAUAUGCGAAGAAGAAUUUCAGAACUUCGAAACACUCUACUGGAGAAUGAAUUGAAACCAACAUUAACCACAGGAAAACUGAAUUUGAAGGCUAUAGAAUUGUUUUGGAUCACUUUAACGUCGGACGAGAAAAAAAAAUUUGAAGAUCGUCUAGUUAGAAAAUGUGAAGAAAGGUCAUAUACACCAGAACCCAUUACCAUUACCUUCGAUAAACUUCUUGAAUGCAUUAUUGUUGCAGAACGAUUUAAUCUGAAAAAUCUUCUGAAUGCGGCGAUAGACCUUGCAUCUAAAUGUAGCAAUAGCAAGUUAAAAGAUAAAGAGGGAUAUAAAAAUAUUUCAGAAUCAACUAAAUCCAAGAUACUUCGACAAAGAGUGGAAGUUUUGGAAUAUCGACUGUGCAGGCAAAAUAUAUUAGUAUCGGAAUACAACAGAGAUUUUAACCUGGUUAAAAAAUAA